AUGGCCACCAGCAACAAAACCCAGAUAUGGGCAACGUCCACGCCCUGCACUUCCGAUAGUGAGGGCAGCAAGCUACCCAGUCCUGAGGAUGUCGAACUUGGACAGGUUCGACAUGAGACACCACCAUACCACGUUUUCUCGAAGCGUCAAAAAUGGUUCAUAGUGUGCCUCGUCUCUUUGGCGGGCUCCUUUUCUCCUUUAUCGUCAAACAUUUACUUCCCUGCCAUAGACUCUAUAUCCUCAGAACUUGGUGUGAGCCAGUCUGACGUGGCACUCACGAUCAUGGUAUUCAUGAUUGUGCAGGGCAUAGCCCCAUCAAUAUUUGGGGCGAUAUCAGACGCCAAGGGGCGUCGCAUCACGUUUAUUACAGUCUUGGUAAUAUACAUGGGAGCGAACAUUGGCCUGGCCUUCACAUCGAGCUUCCCCAUGCUCAUGGCUCUCAGAGGAGUCCAAGCAGCAGGGUCCUCGGCCACUAUUAGCAUUAGUGUGGGCGUUAUCUCCGAUAUAUCUUCUGCUAAUGAGCGUGGAGGCUUUAUGGGAACCAAUGCCGGGAUGAGGAUGGUGGGCCAGGCAAUUGGCCCUGUUCUUGGUGGUCUGCUCAACAGUGCCUGGGGUUUCCGGAGCAUUUUCUGGUUCUUGUUCAGCUUUGGCGUUGUCGCUUCCCUUCUUUUGGUGAUUUUCUUGCCAGAGACACAGCGGGAAAUUGCUGGCAACGGCAGCAAUCCACUGUCCGGCCUACACAAGCCAAUUGUCGCCUUGACCAAGACGGCAAAGGUACCGGGUGCUGUGCCUACUCCGAAAACACGCCCGCUCAAUCUCAAGAAUGUGCUCAAACCAUUAACGCAUGUGUUUAAGAAGGACAUUUUCGUCCUUUUAUCAUGGGGGGCAGUGGUGUACACUCUGUGGAGCAUGGUUACAUCGUCAACCGCAACAGUCCUGCUGAAGGCAUUUCCGAGACUGACUCAGUGGCAAAUUGGUCUCUGUUUCCUGCCCAACGGAAUCGGAUGUGUGCUCGGCUCCAUUUCCACCGGGAGGCUCCUUGAUAAGACUUUCAAGCGCGUCGAGGCCGAGUACUGCGAGCAACGUGGCAUGGACUCCAUCGACAUCAAAAAGACCAUGGACUUUCCCUUCGAGCGCGCUCGCCUCCCGCUUAUGCCGUACUUUAGCUUCGUGUUCAUUGUCGCGCUGGCAUUAUACGGACCGAGCUACGACUUGAACGACCUGAGAAGGGAGUAUGCACCGAAUCUCAUCGCUUCGCUGGGCUUGCAGUUCAUCAUCGCGUUCACGGCGACGGCCAUCUUCAACAUCAAUUCCACCAUGCUGAUAGACAGCUUCCCAGACGGUGCGGCGGGCGCGACGGCCACGAAUAACUUGUGUCGCUGCCUUUUGGGCGCCGCUGGUGUCAGCGUGAUACAGCCGUUGAUGGACGCGGUGGGGAAAAACGGAAAAGUGACCCCUGUGAUAUUACAUACCAAGUUGAAUAUUCUUCCGAUUGGGUUGAAAGCCACGUAUCCAAUGCAAAGUCCCGAUUCAGAUGUUGCUAAAAAUGUCCCGAUUUAG